AUGGCCGACCUCCCUCCCAUGCUUGCAGCACUUGCUGCUGCUGUUCCUCAAGAAAGCUUUGUGGCCUUACAGCCGAUCCUCGAAGAGCUCCACCACAGGAUCUCUCAGAUAUCCACUGAGGCCGCUACAACACAGGCAAGCAUUCUGAACGCUACGCAAAUGCAGAAUGUGUCCACAGCACACUUCACUGUUCAAGCCCCUCCUUCUCCUCUGCAGACUUCUGCACCAAGCAUCCAUCCUGCGAGUAUCAAGGCCGAUCUACCAAUCUUCCGAGGUCAAGACUUGGAUGACGUCAAUUGA